AUGAAACAGAUCAAUCGCAUUGCGGUAAAUGCAAACAUAAACAUUCGAAACAAUGAAAAUCGAUCUGCAUUAAUGGAAUGGUAUAAAGAUGAAUCCUAUUUAUUAGAUGGCUAUUUUGUGCAUUUGCCAACAGUAAAUGCACGAAAAGUAUUUAUCAUCUAUUUAGUUCAAAAUUGUCUUGCAUUUGUUAACUAUCACGAUUUGAAACAGCAAACAAUUUUGCAUAGUCUUUUUAUUUAUGGAGGAAAGUCAGGACAUAAAGAAAAUAGUCAAUUUUUUUUGAAUGUUUUACAAUUAUUAAUAGCACGUGAUAGAGAUGUUCAAUGCAAAGAUUGUCUCGAUAAAACAACCUUACAUUAUGCUGUAUGUGAAAAUUAUAAUGCAAAUAUUUAUAUUACCGACAAUAUGGGAUGGACAAUAUUAUUACAUCUUGUUCAUUGUUUAAAUGAAAAGUCUUUGCUCUACUCAUGCAAACGAAUGAAUAAUAUUUCAAUUGAAAUAAAUCGUUCAGAUAAACAUGGUGUAACACCAUUGCAUGCAGCUGCUGCAUUCAAAGCUCUAACAAUUGUUAAAAUUCUUGUUGACUAUGGUGCAAAUGUAAACGCUGUUGACAAUAAUAAUUCAACUCCUCUACACUACGCAUAUCAUCGUGCAACACCUGAUAUUGUUAAUAUUUUACUUCAAGCCGAUUCAGAUCCAUUUAAAAAAGAUUCAAACGGAAUGACACCAGUUAAAUGUGCAAUAUUUAGAAAUUAUUUUUACACUUCACAAUUUCCCAAUAAUCAAUCUAAUUCAUCGCUGAUAAUUUAUAUUUUAUUAUCAUGUAUAGAUUGUCGUGAUGCUCUAGGUGUCGAUGAUAUUUGCUCAUAUCUAUCUCAGAUGAUACAUGUCAAUGGUAUUGGUCAACUGCCAAUAUUAGAUGAAAUUGAUCAAUUGACUCAUGAAUUGACACUUUUUAGUGUUUUGUUAUGA